UGAUGAUCCUUCUGAACGUCCUACUGCUAAUGAAUUAUGUGAUUUAUUUUAUGAUAUAAACAGAAAACUUUUUAGUAAUACAGUGGAUGAUGAUGUUAUGCGGCAACUUAAAAUUACUAAUGAAAAUCAAAAAAAUAUAUCAAAAUCUCAAAAGCAAGAAUUAUUUGAAUUACUUUCAUAUUCAAAUAAGUUACAUUCACAAUCAUGCUAUAUUGGCCGAUAUAUUCAUACUCUUCACGGAUUGCAUGAUUUAUUGGAAGAAAUAAAAUCUGGGAAAUCUUCAGAUCCUAAUUUAUUAAAGCCCAAUAAAUCUACGAUUUUAAAGUCCAAUUCUUAUGAUACUGUUCUAAAGAAUUAA